AUGGAGGGAGCAUCUAACUCCCCGGCUGAACCGGGAAAUGUUUGUGACCUCGGACUGUCGGUUGUGCGGGGGCUGGUGUGGGCAUCCGCGGCCAUGGAGGGAGCAUCUAACUCCCCGGCUGAACCGGGAAAUGUUUGUGACCUCGGACUGUCGGUUGUGCGGGGGCUGGUGUGGGCAUCCGCGGCCAUGGAGGGAGCAUCUAACUCCCCGGCUGAACCGGGAAAUGUUUGUGACCUUGGACUCCUGAACCACCACUAUCUGGAUCAGAGCUCAGUCCCUUUGGUUGUUGUGUCCUGCACACAGCCGGCGUCUCAGCAGCCCUCUUCUCAGUCCCCUGUCCCCACCUCCAUCUCAGAGAUUUUCCAGACCCCACCUCCAUCUCAGAGGUUCCAGUCCCAACCUCCACCUCAGAAAGGUUCCAGUCCCCACCUCCAUCUCAGAGCAGUUCCAUUUCCCACCUCCAGCUCAGAAAGGUUCCAUUUCCCACCUCCAUCUCAGAAAGGUUCCAGUCCCCACAUCCAUCUCAGAGAGGUUCCAGUCCCCACCUCCAUCUCAAAGGUUCCAGUCCCAACCUCCACCUCAGAAAGGUUCCAGUCCCCACCUCCAUCUCAGAGCGGUUCCAUUUCCCACCUCCAUCUCAGAGAUGUUCCAGUCCCCACUUCCAUCUCAGAGAUUUUCCAGACCCCACCUCCAUCUCAGAGGUUCCAGUCCCAACCUCCACCUCAGAAAGGUUCCAGUCCCCACCUCCAUCUCAGAGGUUCCAGUCCCCACCUCCAUCUCAGAGGUUCCAGUCCCCACCUCCAUCUCAGAGGUUCCAGUCCCCACCUCCAUCUCAGAGGUUCCAGUCCCCACCUCCAUCUCAGAGCGGUUCCAUUUCCCACCUCCAUCUCAGAAAGGUUCCAGUCCCCACCUCCAUCUCAGAGAGGUUCCAGUCCCCACCUCCAUCUCAGAGAGGUUCCAGUCCCCACCUCCAUCUCAGAGGUUCCAGUCCCCACCUCCAUCUCAGAGGUUCCAGUCCCCACCUCCAUCUCAGAGCGGUUCCAGUCCCCACCUCCAUCUCAGAGGUUCCAGUCCCCACCUCCAUCUCAGAGGUUCCAGUCCCAACAUCCAUCUCAGAGCGGUUCCAGUCCCCACCUCCAUCUCAGAGCGGUUCCAUUUCCCACCUCCAUCUCAGAGGUUCCAGUCCCCACCUCCACCUCAGAAAGGUUCCAUCCCCACCUCCACCUCAGAAAGGUUCCAGUCCCCACCUCCAUCUCAGUGGUUCCAGUCCCCACCUCCAUCUCAGAGAGGUCCCAGACCCCACCUCAAUUUCAGAGAUGUCCCAGUCCCCACCUCCAUCUCAGAGAUUUUCCAGACCCCACCUCCAUCUCAGAGGUUCCAGUCCCCACCUCCAUCUCAGAGGUUCCAGUCCCCACCUCCAUCUCAGAGGUUCCAGUCCCGACCUCCACCUCAGAAAGGUUCCAGUCCUCACCUCCAUCUCAGAGAGGUUCCAGUCCCCACCUCCACCUCAGAGAGGUUCCAGUCCCCACCUUCAUCUCAGAGGUUCCAGUCCCCACCUCCAUCUCAGAGGUUCCAGUCCCCACCUCCACCUCAGAAAGGUUCCAGUCCCCACCUCCAUCUCAGAGGUUCCAGUCCCCACCUCGAUCUCAGAGGUUCCAGUCCCAACCUCCACCUCAGAAAGGUUCCAGUCCCCACCUCCAUCUCAGAGCGGUUCCAUUUCCCACCUCCAUCUCAGAGAAGUUCCAGUCCCCACCUCCAUCUCAGAGGUUCCAGUCCACACCUCCAUCUCAGAGGUUCCAGUCCCCACCUCCAUCUCAGAGGUUCCAGUCCCCACCUCCAUCUCAGAGGUUCCAGUCCCCACCUCCAUCUCAGAGAGGUCCCAGACCCCACCUCAAUUUCAGAGAUGUCCCAGUCCCCACCUCCAUCUCAGAGAUUUUCCAGACCCCACCUCCAUCUCAGAGGUUCCAGUCCCAACCUCCACCUCAGAAAGUUUCCAGUCCCCACCUCCAUCUCAGAGCGGUUCCAUUUCCCACCUCCAUCUCAGAGCGGUUCCAGUCCCCACCUCCAUCUCAGAGAGGUUCCAGUCCCCACCUCCAUCUCAGAGGUUCCAGUCCCCACCUCCAUCUCAGAGAGGUUCCAGUCCCCACCUCCAUCUCAGAAAUGUUCCAGUCCCCACAUUCAUCUCAGAGAGGUCCCUACCCCAAUCCCAGUGUGUUUAAGGUGUUCCAGGUGUUCAAGGUGUUCUAG